AUGCCCAGAGAUCUCACACUGGGAGAUAUACACCUCAGAAAACACGUGGCUGAGCGCUCCUCUGAUCUUCAUCAUGGAAGAAACAUUUUGACGCCUUUAGGUGAAAAUUUGAUGAACAUGAAAGUUGAGGGUGAAGUAAAAGAGACAGGACUUCACAGUGUGGAUAGACCAUGGAAUCCCUCCGACUCUGAGCAACCUCGUACUGUGAGGGAUGGUGCCGGGAUUCAGUGGGAGAAAAAUAUUUCAUGUCUUUUAUAUUCCUGCCCCGAGUGUGGGAACUCUUUUUCGCACAAAUCAGACCUUGUUUUACAUCAAAGAUCUCACCUAGGUGAGAAGCCGUAUUCUUGCCUUGAGUGCGGGAAAAGUUUUUCGCUCAAGUCCAAUCUCAACGCACAUCUCAGGUCUCACACAGGAGAGAAGCCGUAUUCCUGCUCUGAUUGCGGGAAACGUUUUGCACACAAGCCCCAUCUUAACGCACAUCGGAGGUCUCAUACGGGGGAGAAACCUUUUUCCUGUUCUGAGUGCGGAAGAUGCUUUGCCGAAAAAUCAAGCCUUGUAAAACAUCAAAGAACCCACACGGGUGAGAAGCCGUAUUCCUGCCCUGAGUGCGGAAGAUGUUUUGCACAGAAAUCACAGCUUGUUAGACAUCAGAGAUCUCACACAGGUGAGAAGCCGUAUUCCUGCCCUGACUGCGGGAAAUCUUUUUCGAAAAAGCCUCUGCUUAGCAAACAUCAGCGGACUCACAUAGGUUAAAAGACACAUUCCUGUUCUUAGUGUGAAAAAUGCUUUGACAAAAGUCAAGUCUUAAGACGCCAGGCAUGGGAAAAGCUGUGAAGGAAAUGUUAACCACGGAAAUCAGAGCUUGUUAUACAUCAAAGAUCUCACUGUGGAGAAGCCAUAUUCCUGCCCUGGGUGCUGGAAAUGUUUUCUGUUCUACCAAACAACAUCAGAGAACCCACACAACCCUCGAGGUGUAUUAGUGUCCUGAGUGCAGGAAAUGUCUUCUAUAUGGAUCAUAUUUUUCCGUACA